UCUGGUUAUCUUAAAACACUGCACCUGUCGUGGUCUGAAUUCAACCGAGCUAACAUGAACAGGGCAGAGGAGGAUAUAGUGCAUUCGAUUUACAGCAACAGGACAAUCAAACACCGGGGUUUAUGUGUAUAUUAAAUUUAUUUUCUGAAGGGGAUAGAUACUCGCCUCCUACGGGUGCUCAGUCUUCAUCAGCCCCUCAGAGUGAGCAUUACUGCUUCACUUCAUCAUCAUGCUGCACCACUGAAGAAAGGCAAAGUCAGUGUCAGUGUGAAGAACCUUGUUGACUGCACCGGUGGCGGGGGUUGGAGGGCAGGAGCACAAAGCUCAGGAAGAUGGCAUCACCCUUUGUGCCUGUCCCUGUGCCGAUGGACAGAGCUUUGUCAGGAGGUAGCAGCAAGCUCAGGCGGCCACAGCGAGCUUCAUCACUAGGCAGCGUCUCUAGCUUCUCGACCGGGCAGGACCAUGGAAGAGGAUGUGGAGGAUUAGGUACCCAGCGCCAAUCCCGCUGCGUGGACAGAGGUAGCCGGAGCAGGACACCACCACCCCCCCAGAGCCCUGUGACCCGUGCCAGAGUGAACGGGACUCUGGAGCCCUCCAUAGAGUACUCUAGCUGUCCCCGCUCCAUAUCAGAUCCUGCUGGGAGCCAACAAGGCGAGGAGAGGCCUAUUACCCCCACUGUGCUGGGGUACGAAGUCAUGGAGGAGAGAGCCAAGUUCACGGUAUUUAAGGUCCUGGUCAGGAAGACUCCAGAUGAGAACUGGGUUGUUUUUAGAAGGUACACAGACUUCUCCAGACUCAACGACAAGCUGAAGGAGAUGUUCCCAGGCUUCCGCCUCUCGCUGCCUCCUAAGCGGUGGUUCAAAGACAACUAUGACACCGACUUCCUGGAGGACAGACAGUUGGGACUCCAGGCCUUUUUGCAAAACCUUGUUGCACACAAGGACAUUGCCAACUGCCUGGCAGUGAGAGAGUUUCUGUGUCUGGAUGACCCCCCUGGGCCUUUUGAUAGUCUGGAGGAGAGCAGAGCGUUCUGUGAGACUUUGGAGGAGAGCAAUUACCGUCUCCAGAAGGAGCUGCUAGAGAAGCAGAAGGAGAUUGCCUCCCUAAAGAGGAGGCUGGAGGAGAGGGAGCAAGCCAUCCUGCUACUGGAGAAGCAUAUCAAUGGUGAGUGUGUGAGCCCGGAGUCUGUGUGUGAUCUGUCAGCUCAGGGCAGUGAGAGCAGUACAGAUGCAGAUGUGGAGUCGUCUGCUGCAGAGGCUGAUCAGGAUGUGCCUGAGGACACUGGCAGUGCUGCCCCGAACUGAAAAAAGAGCCCCAUAACAUGUGAGUGGCAGGUGUGAGGUCCAACCGGUGCGAUCCUCUGCCUGUUGGUGUGGACCGUCACUCAGCAGAUCUCCUCCGCUCAUCCAGGUCACUCAGCUUUACCACCAGAAGCUGGAUCAAUAACAAGAAACGCUGGUCCUCCUUUUCCCCUCUUCUCUUCCAUCUCCUCCUCCCCUGCUAGAGCACUGCACCUUCCAUAUGUUUGAGUGCCAUUCCAUACUCUUUUUUUAUUUUAUUUUUUUUUCCUGCCUUUUCUUUGACCUUAGCAUUCCCUCCUCCCACCACAACUCCCAUUUUCCCUUUCCACCUUCCAGACUGUAGCUGCUGUUUCACCUUCCAGUCUUGCAGUUGGAUCUGAAGCAGGCUUUAUCUCAAGAUCUGCGUCUAAGUUAGAAGGGAACAGUUUUAUACUGCAACAGCCGGUCUGCUCAUAUUUCCCCCUAAACGAUGGGUCAUGGGAUAUUUUAUCUGGCCCAUGCAAAACACUUCAUUCUGAAGACCUCACGCAACUUGUGCAAGAUAUGAACUAUAUCUGGAAUUACAUGGCUACACUUCUUAAAACCAUAAACCAAGUUGAUCUGUCUUAAACGGUGUGGGGAUUUCUCAGUCCUCCUUGUUCACUUUUGAACCUUAUACCGCGGCCGCCUGAUUGGAUCGAUUUGAUCCUGCGGUCACAAAGCCAAAGUUUGGCUUCUUGACCAAAAAUAUAACAUAACUUGAAGACAUUCACAAUAGUGACAAUCUAAAGGAAACCCGAACCAUCACUUCCUGCAGACGUGCAUUGCCUCGUGGCUCAUUACUUGUGACAAAUUUAGAGAAACCACACCCUCAUGUGGCUAUAGAUUUAAUUAAAAAUUAAAAAAAAGUCUGGAUGAAAAAAAAAAAAAUCUGUCUCAGGAUACACAUUGGUGGGUAUCACAGUGGUUUGAUAACUUUCUGUUUGCAACUACUUCCAUGGCAUUGCUUUGUACAGCUAUUGACUUGAGGCUACAGAGACAGACCUCGAGAAACGUCAUUGUUUUCACUUUCAGUCACACUUAGUUUGCAUCUCAUAGCCUAGAUUUCCUCAUGUUUUAGUGCCAUGUAUGUUUUGUGGUAAACUGAAUUCCUGUGAGAGACCAUACAAUCGAUAAUGCACUCUACUAAGAGAGAGCAAAGGAAAUGUGGCCUAUUGUUGCUGUUUGUUGAAUGCAAUAUGUGAUAUGUGAUGUUUGCUUUUAGAAAUUUAACUAUGCCAAUUAAAGUAAAGUCCAUACAUUUGUACAGCCUUAAACCUCUUCUGGCACCUUGCCUGUUAAUAGAGUGAGAGACUGGGCCUGCACUUCUACUUCUAUCAGUUUCCUCAAGGUCUACCUAAAUACUGUAAUGUGGGUAUAAUUAAAGGCUCAGAUCACCCAUUUUACAAAAAGAAUAAAACAUUUUUCUAAUUACCUUUA